AUGAAUAAAAAUUACGAACGGUGUACACAUUGCAAUAGACGUAAAUGGCUUACAACAGGUUGUCUUCGUAAAUGGUUAAAACCAAUGGAAUGUAAACAUCUACAAAGAACAAUUGAAAGCAAAAGAGAUUUAAAUGAGACUGACAUAGUUAGAUGUGUGUUUUUAUCUGAGAGGACGAGUCCAGUGAAGACUAAUAAGUUUGUAAAAUUUUGGAAGAACAAACUUUUCAUUACUGGUAGUGUUAGGUCUUUGCAGAGGUAUUUUGGAAACAAAAAUAAUGCCAACGAGUACUUGUGCAAACCUGUUGAAACCUCUUCAUCUAGUGAGCGACUUAUGUUUGCUGCUAAACCCGAAAUAAAAAGAGAUAUUGAUCUACACAAACAAAUGAUCAAAUGUCAACAUUCAGAUGACCACUCAGUUUUAAGGGGACAUCAUCAGCACAUUUCACUCGAAAGCUGUGCUAUUUAUUGCCAAUUAUCAAAGCAUGGUUGGUAUUGGGGUGGAAUCACAUCUAGUGAAGCUGAGGUGCUCCUUGCAGGCCAGCAUGAUAAUGUUUUUCUAGUAAGGGACUCUUAUGACUCACGCCACAUACUUUGUGUGUCUUUUCGAUGUGUGGGACGGACUUUACAUGCUCGUCUACGCCAUGCAGAUGGUCUCUUUUCCCUAAAUAAUGAGACAUUUGUACCAGCAAACAGAAUAUCAGAACAUUGUGCAACUGUAGAUGUUAAAUCAAAUCUAUUUGAAAUGCCAGUAAAAUUAGCUAGACCAUUAAACAGGUUUGCCAAAUUAGAUUCUCUACAAAAAAUUUGCAGAUUUGUAAUACGUCAAACUGUUUCAGAACAGUUAUGGGACAAUUUACCUUUACCACCUAAUCUUAUUACAUAUGUCUCUCUUGGUAGUGAUUAUAUUGCACCAACAUAA